CGGAAGCAGGGGAUGGCUGAGGUGUCGCUUUGCACCCGGCCGGUAUGUGACCUGGCGAAGCAGGAGAGAAACGGUUCAUACAUAAUAUGGUUUCCUUUGGAACUGUUCAGGAAUGCAGUGUGUGUUGAACAGCUCCUGUAUUCCACCCAGAAGUCACUACAUUUCAGUGGUCCUGUUUGUACCAAUGAUUCUGGGGAUGAUGCUUGUGCCUUAUGAAUCUGUGACAUCCGGCUGAUAUUAGAAGACGAACUCAUUCCACAUCCUGUUUGUCCCAAUGAAACUGUCCCAAAAUGGGUAGGGUCAGCAUCUCCUGUCUGUUUCCUGCUUCCUGGCACUUCAGCAUUUCUCCAGUAGGCUGUCCUCGGAUGUUGAACACCACAUUGCGACAGAUUAUUGUCAUCAGUCUGCUUGUUACUGCGUUUUUCUUACUGUACUACUCAGUCGUUAUAAUCAGGAAUAAAUACGGCUACAGGGACAGAAAGCUGCACAGGUACCUUGCUAGAGUAACUGAUACAGAAGCCACGGAUACCAACAACCCCAACCUGAACUAUGGCAUCAUGGUGGACUGUGGCAGCAGCGGAUCUAGGAUCUUUGUGUACUGUUGGCCAAGACAUAAUGGCAAUCCACAUGAUUUGUUGGACAUCAAACAAAUGAGGGACAAAAACAGAAAACCAGUUGUUAUGAAAAUUAAACCAGGCAUUUCAGAAUUUGCUACCUCUCCUGAAAAAGUUAGCGACUACAUUUUUCCACUUCUGAGCUUUGCUGCAGAACAUGUACCCCGUGCAAAACACAAAGAAACGCCUCUCUACAUUCUCUGCACAGCGGGGAUGAGGAUCCUGCCAGAGAGCCAGCAAAAGGCAAUAUUGGAAGACCUGCUUACUGAUAUCCCAGUGCAUUUUGAUUUUUUGUUUUCUGAUUCGCAUGCUGAGGUUAUUUCAGGAAAACAGGAAGGUGUAUAUGCUUGGAUUGGCAUCAACUUUGUCCUUGGAAGAUUUGAGCAUACUGAUGAUGAGGAUGAUGCUGUAGUGGAGGUGCAUAUUCCUGGCAGUGAAAACAAGGAAGCCAUUGUCCGAAAGAGGACUGUGGGUAUACUUGACAUGGGUGGUGUGUCAACUCAAAUAGCCUAUGAAGUCCCUAAAACUGAGGAGGUGGCCAAGAACCUACUUGCAGAGUUCAAUUUGGGAUGUGAUGCUCAUCAAACGGAACAUGUGUACAGAGUCUAUGUUGCAACUUUCCUCGGCUUUGGGGGGAAUGCUGCACGGCAGAGAUACACAGACAGCAUAUUUGCCAACAUGAUAUUUAGAAACAGGCUUCUAGGCAAACAGACUGGUAUGACGCCUGAUACCCCCUAUUUAGACCCAUGUCUGCCUUUAGACAUUGAGGAUGAAAUCCAACAGAAUGGGCAGAAGAUGCAUCUUCGUGGGACGGGAGAUUUCAACCUAUGUCGUGAAGUUAUUCAGACUCUUCUGAAUAAGACCAAUGAAACUCAGACAUCUUUGAAUGGUGUUUACCAGCCUCCAGUGCACUUUGAGAACAGCGAGUUUUACGGGUUCUCAGAGUUCUACUACUGUACUGAAGAUGUGUUACGGAUGGGGGGAGAGUACAGUGCUGCUAAGUUUCUGAAAGCCGCCAAGGAACGUUUUGACCGUCACCUUUACGCAUCACAUGCUGACCUCCAUCGAUUGAAGUAUCAGUGCUUUAAGUCGGCCUGGAUGUAUGAAGUGUUCCAUAAUGGCUUCUCUUUUCCCAUAAACUAUGGCAACUUAAAAACUGCACUGCAGGUUUAUGAUAAAGAGGUGCAGUGGACUUUGGGAGCCAUCCUCUAUCGAACACGAUUUUUGCCUUUGAGGGACAUCCAACAGGAGAACUUCCGUGGCAGUCACUCCCACUGGCGCAGCUUCUCUUUCGUUUACAAUCACUACCUGUUCUUUGCCUGCUUCUUUGUCGUGCUGCUGGCCAUCCUGCUCUACCUGCUGCGCCUGCGACGGAUUCACCGGCGGAUGCUGCAUAGCAGCCAGUCCCCUUCCCUCUGGAUCGAGGAGGGCCUCCCGCCACAGAAGAUCCCGGGAGCCUUAUAAGCGGCUGGAUGCUCCUUCUAAGACUUGCGCGACAAAAAGCCAUUGUUUUGCCUCAGGGUUCUUCUCUUGUCCCCAGGAACCAUUAUGCCACAACAUGGGAAUCCAGAGGAGUAUCAGAUGGAAGACUGAGGAGCAGCUUAACUGGACGAUCAGCCAAAACUAUUUUAAAACUCUUAUCAUAAAAGUAAAUGCACUUUGAUGGGGGGGGGGGAGCAGAAAGGGUGCGAAAGUGGAGACUUGAUGCCAGUAAAUGAAUAAAUGAGAAAGUAGCAAUCUGACUUGUGCCCAGUAACUGUGAUUGUUCUGUCCAUAUGUGAUAAAGCAGCUCUUCAGAGUUCUUACGUGAACUGAUCUCGUAGCCCCCAGGAGUUCCCCAUCUGGCCCUGUAUUCUACCCCUUAUCAUACACCUGAGGUGUUCUGACCCACAAGGAAAGGGCUCUUUCUUUCCUACUGUGGACAUCAACAGAGGCCUUGGCAGAGUUCUCCCUUGAUGGCUCUCAAUUUCUCAUUCCCCUGUGCAUGAGUCUUGCACAGGAGAGUAAAGCAUGAAAGGGAGUCUGAAUGCUGCCCCGGAAGGGGGGGGGG